CUUGCGAGGAGCCGCGGAGCACCGAGCGCUCUCGGCUCCAUCUUCAGUCGACGGGAUCCUACGGCGGAUUCGGACGCCACAUCUCGCCUUGCAACCCUGCAGCCACCCUCGCCCCGGGAAGAGCCGGGCGGGCUAUUGAGGAGGGCCGAUCACCACGGGGAGGGCGAGAAGUCCCCGUUGCUAGAAACAGGGCAGCUCCCACCACCGCCACCGGAACGCUUCCCACCCCUCUGAUCCCUUCCAGCGGCAGAGCAGAUUUGCAGCACCAAGCUUGGCAAUGCCGUUUGGAUGUGUUACCCUGGGCGAUAAGAAGGAUUAUAACCAGCCAUCUGAGGUGACUGACAGAUAUGACCUAGGGCAGGUCAUCAAAACAGAGGAGUUCUGUGAGAUAUUCCGUGCCAAGGAGAAAUCAACAGGGAAGCUCUAUACAUGCAAGAAGUUUCUGAAAAGAGAUGGGCGCAAAGUGCGGAAGGCAGCAAAGAAUGAGAUCAUCAUCCUGAAAAUGGUGAAACACCCCAAUAUUCUGCAGUUGGUGGAUGUGUAUGUUACCCGGAAAGAGUACUUCCUCUUCUUGGAGCUGGCUACUGGCCGAGAGGUAUUUGAUUGGAUCUUGGACCAGGGUUACUACUCUGAGCGUGACACCAGUAAUGUCAUCAGGCAGGUGCUGGAGGCUGUGGCAUACCUGCAUUCACUCAAGAUUGUACAUAGGAACCUCAAGCUAGAAAAUCUAGUGUAUUACAACCGUCUGAAGAACUCAAAGAUUGUGAUCAGUGACUUUCACCUGGCCAAGCUGGAGAAUGGGCUCAUCAAGGAACCUUGUGGAACCCCUGAGUAUCUAGCUCCUGAGGUGGUCGGGCGCCAGCGGUAUGGACGGCCUGUGGACUGCUGGGCUAUUGGUGUGAUCAUGUAUAUUCUGUUGUCAGGAAACCCACCAUUCUAUGAGGAAAUGGAUGAGGAUGAUUAUGAAAACCAUGACAAGAACCUGUUCCGUAAGAUCCUGGCAGGCGACUAUGAGUUUGAUCCUCCCUACUGGGAUGACAUCUCUCAGGCAGCCAAGGACUUGGUGGCCCGUCUAAUGGAGGUAGACCAAGACCAGAGGAUUACAGCAGAGGAGGCUAUUUCUCAUGAAUGGAUUUCUGGCAAUGCAGCUUCAGACAAGAACAUAAAGGAUGGAGUAUGUGCUCAGAUUGAGAAAAACUUUGCCAGGGCAAAAUGGAAGAAAGCCGUUCGAGUGACCACAAUGAUGAAGAGACUCCGAGCGCCGGAGCACACGGAUGCAGCGAAACCAGCAACUCCUGCCGCUGCAACGACAGACAGUGCUUCCCCAACAGAAGCCACCAGCGCCCCACAGGCGAAAGCGGAGGCAGACAGCACGGCUUCAACCACAACAGCCGAAACAGCCCCAGCGACAACAAUGGCAAUGCCAGCUGCUGCUGCUACUACUGCCGCAGCAGCAGCAGCAGCGAGCCCAGAAGAAACGACAUCAACAGCUCCAGCAACUACAGCGGAAACUCCGGCGACAACACCGGCAGCCCCAACUACGUGUAACGGGGGAGAAACUGCCGCCCCCAGUGCCGCCCCAGAGUCCUGGAAUGAGGAUACUGGCUGAGUCAGAGGGGAGUAGGGCUAGGGCAAGGGCAGGGCUGUACCUCUCUUUGUUGUAUUUCUCUUUGUAAAUAGUCACUGGCAUGGUACCCCCACCCACCCCAGCUGUCCUGGCUUCCCAACCAACCCCUCUGCGUGUGGCUGUCAGUUUGUCUGACUUUUAUGUGUCUCCAGCUAGGUGCCAGCAGAGUUUCUAUUUUUUAUGUGACAGAGUCCAGAGAGACCCCGUUGGGCCCAGGUAAACAACAAGUGGUUGUAGAGGCCCAGCCCACUGCAUGAAAUUCUCUCUCUUUCUCUCUCUUCCCCGCUCCUUCUUUUCCUCUGUUGCUUUCCUUUUCUUUGUCCCAUUUCUCGAUUUGUUUUCUUACUACUCUCUCUCUCUCUCUCUCUCUCUCUCUCUCUCUCUCUCUCUCGGUCACUUGACUUGCUACUUGACUCCCUGAGGCUGGUUGGGAGAAGCUGGAGCAGUCAGAUCAGAGACAGUAGCCAUACUUUUCAGCCGACUGAUUUGUUAUAUACCGUGGAGGUAUGGGGAAUGGGACGCAGGUCCAGGUCAGGUUGGAGAACAAAGAGGGCCACACACUGUCAUGGCAGAGCUCUCAAAUUAGUCAUACUCAUUGGGGAUGCAUGUGGAAUUCAUCUGUACAGCUGCUGGCAAGAUCUCCUGUAGCAAUUUACCUCUAUGUCCAACAUAUGGUUGUGUGUGAACAAAGCUAAUGCAAAAUCCAUGUGAGAGAGCGUGUGCAUUUGCUUGACUUUUCACUGAACUGUCAAUAUACUGACACAACUGGGGUGUAGCUAUCUAUAUGUUUGUGCAGAAGCAAUUUUCCCUGGGGACAGGAGACAACCCUAAUCUGGAAAACAAGCCAACUGUGAACAAGCAGGGGCAAGGAAGAUUAAAGACAGGUGGGAAGCUGUAUUAUUAUUAUUAUUAUUAUUAUUAUUAUUAUUAUUAUUUUACACUUGCUGCGUUAUCCCAAGGCAACAUGUUGAGAUUCCUGCAUUGCAGGGGGUUGGAGUAGAUGACCCUCAGGGUCCCUUCCAAUUCUAUGAUUCUAAGCACUCAGGGGAGAAUUUUAUUAUUAUUAUUAUUAUUGUAGGCUAUGGGAACAUUGCAGAGAGACCACUAAAUUAUCAACAGUAGUUGUUGGAAAACAAUGUGACAGAAGAAGCAAAUGAGCAAAUGAUCUCCAGAGCAACACUGUAGAGCAGACAGGUGAAUCCUACACUGUGGCAAAAUCCUGUAGAUGGAUUCUGCAGGUGAUUUAUCUUAGCGGAAAUCUGUAGAAGCCUUGUUUAGGUAUUUACAUUCCUGCAACUUUACUAUUAGGUUAAGUGACCAGAUGAAAAGACAAUCUGCUUCUGUACCUUUAAUGGGUAGAAGAGAGGAUUUUUGCAGGUGUAACUCAUUAUGCAAAAGUGAAAAAGCUGUAUACCGAUCCAAAUUCCCUCUCUGACACUAUUUAAGGCAUUCAGCUGGGAGGGAACCUAGCAUUUAAGGUGGAAUAGACUUUAAAAGCCAGUUAGGGUUGCAAGAGGGUAGAGUAAAGAAAAGUAGUAAGCAACUUGUAGAAUAGGAUCAGCAGAAAAUGUGUGUGCACUAACAGCUCGAUCAUGUGCUUCCUUCCCAAUCUGCAGUAGGCAAGAAGCUCAUCUUUCAGUAAAAUGAAAGAAUGUUCUCCCUCACCCUGAAAUACACACUUUAUUCCAACAGCUAGCAUUCCUGAGCCUAUGUAAUAAACACUGCAGUCACCAUUUUUGUCAUUAUUCUAUACUGCCAUACCCCCUCCCAUAAAACAGAGAUGAAAAUGUCUCUCUGCUUCCAGACAUACUGUGAAGAUAAACGUUCUUUACACACUAGGAAAUUUAGUAAUUCUAUAUUUCUUACAGGAUUUGUUUGGCAUGCUAUAAAAGAGGACCAGAGCCACACAAAAAAUGUUUAUGAGCAGUUGUUUCAAAACACUUUCAAGGAAAGGUUGUGAACAAAACUGAGAAAUCGGGUAAUCAAGGGCUGUGCUAUAGCAUAUAUAAAAGCAGACAAAUAGCACAAUGCUAUGCAUGUUUAUUGUUAAGUUCCACUGAGUUCAAUAUGCCUUACAAGUAGGGAGGCAUAAAAUCAAAAUUCAACAACACAAGGAUGGAGAACAUGUGACCCUAUGGAUGUUGUUGGACUCAACUCCAAGGGGGAUGGGGCGGAGGCUUAGUGGUAGAAUACAUGCAUUGCAUGCAGAAGGUUGCAAGUUCAAUCCCCAGGUAUGGCUAGGAAAGAUUCCUGGCCUGAAACCCUAGAGAACCACUGCCAGUCAGUGUAGACAAUAUUGAGCUAGAUGGAUCAAUAUUUUGAUGCAUAAGUUAGAACUCUUAUGUUCUUAACAGGUAUAGGAUUAAUAUUUCAUAUCCAAAGUGGUGUUCAGAGAGAAUGUGGUUUUUAGGGGAGAAGUAGGGGAGGUUUGUUACUUUAUUCCCCAGCUGCUUCACCCAGAUGGGGUUCCUAAAUGUGUUUUCAGCAACACAUUGUUUGCAGAGAUAAGAGAAAACCAGAGAGAGGAUGCUGCAGAAGAGAAGCAGCAGGUGGGGGAAGGGUUGAGCCCCACAGCCAACCUUUUCCUCCUCAAAUCAUGCUCUCAGCUGUUUGGCUGCAGACUCCAGUUUGCAAAGCCAGGCCACUGCCAAACAUAACAGUUCCAGUUUAGGUUCGGUUUGCAUAGCCUACAACUAUGGGAUUGUUUGGCACAUUUAAAUACAUAGCAUAGCUAUUCCUCCAUGAAGCUGCCAAUGGGCUAUUGCAUAUUUUCAUUCCUGUACGACAGCACAGGACAAUUUUCAUUAGCUAUAAUGAAAAGCUUUCAACUGGGCUGCAUGGUGUGUGAUACAAUACUCCUAACAGCCUCCUCUUUAAUCCGGAUAUUUGGGCAGAUUCUGUAUCUGGGUUUGGACUUUUCAAGUACAGUUCAGUCUAACCCUAUGAAUGGAGUCAGAGCACCAGACAUGACUUCAUUUCUGCCAACUCCUGCUACCUACGUGAGGACAGCCUGACCAUAGGUGGCAUACACACCUAAGACUUUAGGCAUGUAGGCCUCAGCAGGACAUCUUCCAUGGAAAGUGAAUGCUGGGCUGGGGUGCCAGUAGCAUAUAUUAGGCCAGAUUGAGUCUUUCAAAUAUAAUCCAUACUGACUCCUUGAGGGAGAAAGCAAGACUGUAGCUCCUGUUGCACGUAUGACAUUUUGGUGCUUGCAUGUGAACUAGAUAUAUGUACCCCCAAACAAAAGCCUGAUUCCCCCCCCCCCCAUUUUCUGGCACAGAUAGCAGGUUAAAAAAAUUAUGUCAAUUGCAUUGUGAUCUAGAAACACAGACUUCUUACAGCCAUAGGCUACAGUCCUUAAAAGGAAGAGAACUAUUAGCACCUUGAUUAUAUUCAAAAGCUUAGCUCCAGAGUAAUAUUUUUCAACAACAACAAAAGGGCCUGCUGGGAUCAGAAGGGGUUUAUGUCACAGAAGGAGCAGCCCUCAAGCUUAGAAGUCUCGCCGGUUUCUAUCUAUUAAUCUGCCACUAUACACCCUAAGCAAUCAAGGACUAGAAAUUUUUGUUCCUGCUUCAAGUUGGUUCCCAAGUCCCUCUCCACAGGUGUUUUGUCCCAAGGCCUGCGUAUGACAGCUGGUAUGAGCAGCCAAAAUGGUUCCUCACAGUAGUAGAAAAGCUUGGCUCUGGGAAAGGAAAUGCUGCGGACUGGAUGUAUUUGGUAUGCGUGCAGCACAUGAAAUAAACAAGGUAUGUGUGAUUAAUAAAACACCCCUAGUAUGGUUUGUGAUGGUCACGUGUGCAUGAUAAACAGAAGGCAGUCUAUGAUUUGAAGUAUGUACUUUCUGGACUGUUCUGUCUGCACAUUCAUGUCUCGCCUUGAAGCUACUAUUGUAUGUGCAACCUAUGUACAGCACUAUAAGGUAGACCUAUCAUGUAGUCACCUCUUCAGAGCACGCUCAGGAUGGAAAACACCAGACUCUGGAGGCAUCCAGUGUUCAUUCUAAAAUGGCAUGUUGUGACUAGGUUGUUAGAAGAGCAGUUGUGCUGUUGCAGUGGUUCGCACCAGCUCCUUUGUCUUUAAACAAAGUAGUUCUGUUGUACUGGAGGGCCUGCUUCUCCUGGGCCACUGGUCCUCUAAUCACAACUGAAAAUGGCACCUAAGGCAGGCCUGCUCCUAAUACUUCCUGUGUGCAACUGUUUUGAAGAUUAAAUGUAAUCAGAUGUUUAUUUCUGCUGGUGAAAUACAAAAUUCCUUCUUUAAGGCUAAAGUUUUUCUUAUUUUCCAACAAGGAUUUUCCUCCUUCCGUGUGAUGAGUGAUUCCCCCCCCCCCAAUACGAAUUGUGCCCUUUUCACUCAAGAUUCUAGAUUGGAGGUCAACAACUUUUGCCCAUGAGCACAUCUGGAUAUUUGAGCAAACACUGUGAGCGCCACACUCUCUAAUCACUUCUCUCCCCCUCCUCAGAGAGACAGAAAGAGAGAAAGCAGGCACUUAGCUUUUCCAAGGGAUCUGGAUAAAAAUCAGAUCAAGAAGAAUUAAUCCUGAAAAAGAACAUAGAACUGAAAAAAUGGGAGAGUGUUACCCUUCCAACUCCUUCCUUCAACUUUAUGUACCGUAUUUACUCAAAUCUAAUGCUCACCUUCUUUGGCCAAAUUACGUUGUGAAAAUUAAGGUGUGCAUCAAAUUCGAUGGCACAUUUACAUUCGCCGGCAAAUACUUUCUUUGGUUUCAAGGUUCUGAAAAUUGAGGUGCACAUUAGAGUCAAUGGCGCAUUAGACUUGAGUAAAUACGGUACUUUUCAAGGGAGAAAAAGGUAAUAGCUAUUACCACCUCAUGACAAAGAAAAUAGUGAGGAGGGGGGCUCAGAGGCUUCAUGGAUGUCAGAGAAAGGCCACAAGGAUGGCACUGAGUUCAUGGGCAGCGCCAUGGCAACCCCCUUUUCUGAAUUACUCUCAAGGCAAGCCCCUGCAUAGAGUUAGAAUUGAAUGCAUUUACCUGUUUUUGCUAAAUAAAAAAUGUGCAAUAUACUUCAUCUAUUCAGUA